GAAAUAUCCGCCAAAUCAUCAACCACAGCGCAGGAGCUCAUGGCGGGACUCCUCAAGUGGGCCAAAAGUGCCGUCAAACGGGCACCCUCUCCACCACGGCUAUACCCAAAUGUGAAAUACCCUUUUAUCAAUCCACGAAAAAAGUUUGAAGAAGAAAAUUUCGGAAUUGAGCGAUAUUAUCCAACGCGCAUCGGAGAUGUCCUUUCCUCGCGGUAUCAAGUUGUUGGAAAGCUAGGAUUUGGAAGUUCGUCAACGGUUUGGCUUGCACGAGAUUUACAGUCAGUGAUGCUUACCCCGACACAAGAUGGAGCUACUUCCAACACAGAGCCCAUCUUCACGUCGCCGUUAAAAUAUUUACAAAUGAUGGCCAGAAUAUCGAUGAGAUUGUCAUUUAUAAGCACAUUAGCCAAGGAAACAAAUCAAGACUUGGCUACCGCUAUGUGCCUGCUGCUCUUGAUUCAUUUGAGUUGAUGAAUCGCGGUAGCAAGCAUCUAUGUCUAGUACAUGAACCACCAUGGGACAGUUUUAAGGAAACUCCUCGAACGGAGUGGUCGUGAUAGCCUCAUGAAAGAUCUGCUUCGAAUAAUUCUCCAACGUCUUUUACUAGCUCUAGAUUAUCUUCACACGGAUCGGAAGUUGAUACACACGGGUUAAUUUAUACUUUGCUUUCAUGCUAGAAUCUUGCUGAUUUUAAUUGACUUAGACAUCAAAUCCGAUAACAUUCUUCAUCUUAUCGAAGAAAGCUCUAUUCCUGCUGCUUUUGAGGAGGCAGAGAUUGCUCAACCAUCACCGCGCAAGAAAGCGGUAGGUCGGGAAAUAUAUGUUUCCCGGACUCUAGAUAUGCCAGCAUCUAUUGGAGAGCCCAUACUUUGCGACUUUGGGAAUGCGGUAUAUGGGACAAAAAUCAACAAUAAUGACGUUUAUCCUGAUGUUUAUAGGUGUCCAGAAGUGAUGCUUCGUCUCCCAUGGACUUACAGUGCUGAUAUCUGGAAUGUUGGCGCUAUGGUUUGUGGCCCUUUAAUAUUCCAUACGAAAAUAAGGUUGUAAAAAUUUCUUUCACUGAUUUGGCAGUAGAUCUGGGAUAUCUUCGAGGGUAAACAUCUCUUCAGUGGACAAGAUCCAAAACGCGCCCGCUACACAACUCGUGCUCAUCCUACAGAAGUGAUUUCUCUUCUUGGACCACCACCACCAGAGCUCAUCAAGCGGGGCGAGAGAUCUGCGGAAUGGUUCGACGGGAAUGGUAAAUGGCUUGAACCAGAUGAGGAUGAACCAGAUCGCUUACCGCUUUUGCCUCCUAGUAGUCUUGAGGAUGCGGAGGAGAAUCUCAAUAGGAAGGAUAAAGAGCUAUUUCUUAAUUUUAUUAAGUCGAUGUUGCAGUGGGAACCGGAGAAGCGAAAGACAGCGAGGGAAUUGUUAAAUGAUCCCUGGCUGACUCGAUCUUAUGGAUGAGCUGCCAGAAGGGGGUGCUUUUGUUCUUAUUUUGAGGGGUUAGAUGGUAGGAUCGACCCAGGAUGAUGGCAAAGUCGAGGCCAAGUGUUUGUGUUAGUAUUUCCGGUAUUCUGUAUAUGCGCGCCUGAAUAUUGAUGUGUAUUAUGUUUUUCAGAAAUAUAAACGUACAUAGUAU